CUCAGGGCUGACCCUCAGCCCCGUCCCUCAGGGCUGAUCCUCAGCCCCGUCCCUCAGCGCUGACCCUCAGGGCUGACCCUCAGCCCCAUCCCUCAGGUCUGUCCCUCAGCCCGCAAAUUUGGAGAAAUCAAUACAUUGCUGCCUGUUAAGAUUCAGCAAAGAAAUGAAAAGGAGUUUAGCUGACACCUCGGCUCGCAGCACAGCAGGUUGUCUGCCUGUACCACUGUUCAAUCAGAAAAAAAGAACUAGACAGCCCCUGACUUCAAAUCCACUUAAAAAUGAACCAGAUACUGGUUCUGGGACUCGUAGUUAUGACUUCUCUCCCUCAUCAUUCGGCUGGGGAACUGCAAACUCAGAAGUGGAUGAACUGCAGAAAGCAGCAAACAGUGGCCAAGCAGAACAUCCGAUGGCUCCUUCCCUUAUGAAACCACCAAAUGCAUCAAAGUUUAAUUUAGCAAAUGCUGGAAAAAACGUGUCUGCCUGCAGGAACAGAAAUGAAUAUACUCCUCUAAAUAAAACAGCAAAUCCAAGAUCUGAUAAUGGAACUUCUCAGAAGUUUGAGAACUUUUCAAGCAGUUUGAAAACUGUCCAGCAGCAAAAACACCCUGACAGUCGUAACCCAUCCCAGCUCAUCAAAACAGACACAUCCAAAGGACAGUGGCCAGUGAAACCCAACACUGUGGCAAAAAGUCUGCAGGAUCGUAAUCCAGCAUAUAAAUUUAACUACAAUAAUCAGCAAAAUAAAAUGAAUGAAAACCAAUUUGGUUGUGUCCCAGAAGAUAAAAGUCAGGAAAUUUCAUCAUCUCAAGUGAAAACUAAAAUAAAAAAGAAUUCUUUGCGAAUCCUGUCUGCAGUCAUUCAGAGUGUGAGGCACUGGAGCCAAUAUUCCUAUAAAACUGCACUGUUAUUUGAAGUUUUAGGCACACUGGAUUCUGCAGUCACACCUGGAGCAUAUGGGGCAAAGAACUUUCUUCUGAGAGAUGGAAAGGAGACCCUGCCUUGUGUGUUUUAUGAAAUUAGGUGUUUGUUAUUGCUGGGUUCUCCCCACCUGAGCCCUCUGCAGUAACUCACAGCCACUGCUGAUGGCAGCCCAGAGACAAGGCCAAGCACACUGGUUCCACAGUAAGUCAUGUUUUAUUUCUACUUUCCAAUCCCAAACAGUUACAGUCUCAUCCUCUUUGCUUCCCUGGUGUCCUACAGCCAGAUGGUAAAUUGCACUUUCUCCUCUGAAGGGUCUGCCAGCCAAGGCCUGGUUUUAUUUUUAAAAAGUAGGUGUUUGAAUGGUUGCUUUCUAAGUAACUUUAAUAGGAAUAAAGUAUUAUUUGAAAGGAGGACACUUCUCUUUAGGGAAAACAGGGCUUUUUGUAGGAAAAAAAUUGUAAAUUGUUGGUGAAAAUACUGAAUCAAUGACACUUCUAGUUCGGAAAAAUAGCAUUUUCUGCUAAUUUAAAAUUAAUAAUAUAUAACUCUUUGUCAUUGCAAUGGUUUAUUCAUUUCAUUAAGCCCCUGUACAACUGUUUAAUUAUUUAAAUCUCUCACACCAUUUUCAAGUUGAUUUUAAACCAAAGCAAAGCAAUGCAGUUCUCUGGAGUUUGUGCAGAGGGCACCAAUGUACAACACUCUCAGAUACCAUGACAAAAAAAAGGCUGUUUCCAUUCCACUUCUUUUGGCAAGACUGAUGGACUUUCCAACAUCUGAAACACAAUAAUUGAAUAGUUUUCUGUAUUGUGAAGCAGGAAUGUUUAAAAUGGACUAAGCUGAUGUUUAUCUUCCAUACCAAUGUUGAAAAGGAUCUAAAGGUGGCUCACAAACAUAGAGAACAAAAAAAACCACCUAUUUUAUUUUAUUUUAUUUUAUUUUAUUUUAUUUUAUUUUAUUGUGUUUGUUAAUAUGUUUAGGUGAUGUGUAGUAGUGAAAUAUGCUGUGUGCAUGAAUUCUCUUCCUGAAAUUACCUGCUGUAAGAAGAUUAGUUUGUCUUAGAAAUUUAAUUUGCUUACUUUAGGAGUGUAUUAUAUUCCUGAUACUUGUGACAAUGAUGGAUUAAUUGCAAGCUUGUGGGACAUAUCAGGUAAUCAUUGGAUUUAGGGUUGAAUCAUAGGCAAGCAUGGGUAUUAUUCCAACCCUAUUACAGAUUGUCACAGUCUUGUGUCUUCUUGGAAGAUUUUUAUUGACAGAGCUUAAUCUACCAAAGCAAUUUUCACUCAUCUCAUCAAGAAGUUUCCUUUUACAUAUAAUCCAUUACCUCUCUUGUUAAACCUGGCAGUUCUUCUUAUGCACAGUUGACUUGGAAUAACACAUUUCCUCUCAGGUUCAUACAUUUUAUUCACCUUAUAAUCUUAUUAGCUGCUCUCCAGCUCUUCAUUACUUACAUGAUCUUAAAUGAGAAAGCAGGUGCUGAUCCAAAGCCACAGACAGCUUAACACCAAGCAGAAAUACAGGUAACAGGGGAAACCUGGCAGCCAACACAGCCAGACAUCUUCAAAAAAUCACCUCUUGUCCUACUGCCCUGCACUCAGUCCUUCCCAGCACUCCUCUCCAGCAAAUAUUUUUGUAGCAUGCCUGAAGGGUUUCUACAUUUGGGGUAUUUUGAAUACAUUUUCCUGUACAAAAAGGAGGUACCUAUUUUUCUCCUCCAUAUCUAUCCCUUGAAGACAGUGCUAAGUAAGAUCCAAGGUUUUUGUCAGUAAUAGCUGCACAUCAGUGUACAAAUAGAAACAAGAUGGAAUUCUGGGCUUAUGUGAAAAUUAGUGAUUUCCUUUUGACUACUUCAGGAAAGGAGGAAUUAGAGUAAUUUGGGGAGAGCUGAAAUAUAUCUAAAAUCAGCAGGCAUCAUUUUCAAUGCCUAUUACAUAUAAAUAAAACAAACAGGAAAGUGACCUCUCAAAGAUAAAAGAAACCAGACUAAAAUCCUACUGUUAUAACAGCUGAACUUUGGAGGGUGAGGCAAACAGGGACAAACAGGGACACUGUUAAAUGCCAUUCUGCUCUGCUGAACUCAUGGCAGGUGCAUGUCAGGUACCUGGAGUUCAAACUCUUGGAAGCAGCCCUAGCAAUUAUUCCCUCCAAGGAAACCAAAAGGAAGAGCAGGGAAAAGGGAUAAUAAUGCCCAUAUACUUGGUAUAAAGAUGGAGCUGCCUUCCUUUGUAACUGAAUAAAGAGCUGGAACUCCUAAUAAUGGCCAAGCCACUUCUAACAUACCACACUUUAGCUCUUCUUUGUAAAGAAUUGUUUCACUGGCGUCAUUUCAGUCAAACAUGUUGUGAUUUGAGGAGCUUCUAUCAGUGCUGGACUGGUGCCAAAGGAGUAGAUUAUAGCAGUUCCUUUUCUGGCUUUUCUAAAUGGUGCAACUCACAAGUUAGCACUUAGCAGCUGUAAUAUAAAUGUAGUUAUAACAAGAGCUGUGUAGCUUGUCAAACCGCUUUGUAGCUAACAAAGGGAAUGGGUUCGUUUGUACAAUGUCUCCAAACUCUGUGUUGAAAUGCUGAGUCUGUGACUCCAGCUCACAAACUAAGGACCUGCAUCAUAUACAGUAGCUUGUAUUUUUAUGAAUGUACAUCUAUGCAAAAUUAUGGGGAAAUAUGUGUAUAUCAAAAGCUGGGCAAUGCUUUCCAUUCAGUUUAUGUGGAUUUAGGUAGAGGAGGAACAUGUUCUUUUAAAUAAAACUAGCACUGAAAUAAGGGUGUCCAUGCACCUUUUUUACACAAAUAUUUUUAGUGCCACUAAAAUAUCCCACUCGGGUUCUGUUGGCACAACUCCCUCAUUCUACAAAUAGCCUGUUUCAGAAAUGUCUAACAAUUGUAGGAAUAGCUGAAUCUAUCCUACUUAUUAACUGGAGGGAGUGGAAUCUGACUAUCCAGACUUUGGAAAAGAAAUUCUCUGAAGCCAUCACAGAGGUAAUUGGGCUUGGUAAUUACUGCAUUAGCUGCAAGUUUAUUAAGGGCCACAAAAGGAAAUGCUAUCCUGGUGACCUUUGAGGCUGCAUUUCACAGCAUGUUUUCUACAUGAGAACAAAUGAUGAAACUUGACUAUUUCUGCCAAGUGAGUGGUAGCUAUGGUGAAGAUUUAUAGCUGUAAUCUGGUAAUCUGUGGGGCUAAUCAUGCAGUUAUAGAGCUGCGUGUCAUUGACUCCAAAAGCCUGAAAUGAUCUAGCACUGUGUGGACUAUGGUAAAAGAGUGCAUUUUGUCAUCUGCAAGGUUAGGAGAAAUACAGCCUCUUUAGCAGACUGUAAAAGAGAGACAAGAGCUAAUGUUUCUCAAAAUAGCAGCGUGUUACAUGAAAUUUUACAAGAGUCAGAGAGCUAAGAAAUGGGGACUGUCAGAUUGGAAACCAUUAUGAUUUUCCUCUUUUGUACUGCUUCAAUAAUUACAUAGAUUUUCUAUUUAUUUUUUUUGGAAAUUAUUUAAGUCGUGCUCACUUCAUCUCUCUCAGAGCAGCAAACACAGAAGCAGACUAAUAAUGUAAUAUUGACAUAUUUAAGUGUUGGAUUCUUUAGCUGAGAGCAGCAUGUUCAGAAUGUAUCAUGCCUGUAAUGUGCCUGUGUUCCCUUAUCUUUGUGUCACAUUUUAUUCAACAGUCAAGAAGUGCUAAUAAAAAGUGCAUAUUUCAGUUGUUCUAUUUUAGGUAAACAUAACAUGGUACACAUUUUUUAAGCAAUGCACAUUUCUACAAAUAGAAAUCAGGGUGGCAAACACUUUGCUUCUCUUCUUAAUUAACCUAUCCUUGCCAAAACUGCUAUGUUCUUCAGCAUGAGCAAGGAAUGAGACUGAUGACUGAAAAUUUAAAUUAAUGCUUUUUCUUGUGAUCUUUUGGCUGUGAACAAGAGCAGUUUCCACCUCCCAUCUGAUGCAUUCCCUAGCAAAAGCAGCAGUGUGAGCCUGGGUGCACGUGCAGCUGCAGGGAGUGAGGGAACAGACACAUUUGUAUUGUCUUGGCUUUGGAGCCAGCUCACCUGGGAAGGGGACACGCUGCCCAGCCUGCAGCAGGUCUUGGCUCCUGCUCUGCCUGUCAAAUCCAAGUUCUUAAAUAGCUGUUUAGAGCAGGGGCUGAGGUCCAAAAGGCAGGCAGUGAUGUGUAGAUCACCUGAAAUGUCAUGAUUCCACAUGACACGUUUGCUCCCUUCUCCUCCCCACCUGCUCAGCCCACAGGUCUGUUUUAAAUCAAUCUUUUCACCUCUCCCAAGACUCACAAUUUAAGCAGAGCAGACACUGACAAAAACAGAUUUAUAAUGAAGCUGGUGGCCAUUAAAUAUCAGCCUUCCACCAGAGGUGACCUUAUUGUAAAGUGUUGUACAGUGAAUUUAUUUUGACUUUGCCCAUUCUCUACCGCAUCUUGCACACUGGCAGCCAAGGCAGUGGUGGUGGGAGGUCUGAGAAUAAUGCCCACAUCUCCCUUCAUUACAGCUGCACUUCACAUCCCAGCAGCCUCCAAGCCUCAGGGAUAUCACAUUCAUUACCUCUUUCAGACACAUGUAUUUUACAUAUAUGGCUGAAAGGUGAUUAGAAUCCCUGACACAACAGUGUUUUAUCUGGAAUGCAACCAUGAAAAAUACAUGCCUACAACAAAAAAGACAUCCUACAUCCUUCUCCUAAUUGAUUUAAGCUACAAAGACCAGCUUCAGUUUUCCCAGGGCACGGGAACAACCAGGAAGACACAAAUUGCAUGUUUUCAAAUCUCCUCAUAAAAACUGCUUGACAGGGGGUUGAAAGCAGACUUUUCUGUUUCUCAGAUGUCCUAGUCCUGUGAAUGUCAUCAGUCAGCAGAAGCCCACGUGCCACCACCUGAUCAUAAAGAACAGUUCUGUAACAACCCUCAUUUCAUGCUGCUGAUUCCAGCCCAUCAUAAAUCAGCCACACCACGAGUAAUUUUGGAAAUAAUUGUCUGCUCCAGAGCUCCUCUCUCCCAGCCCAGGUGCCACACAGCUGCAGCCACACGCAGCCCUGUCCUGCUGGAGUGGGUUAGAGUAGUGAUGCUCCCUGAGUGCUUGGAAAAUCUUUAAAGCUGCACACAGUGCAGUGGUUUUAAAAACACUAUAAAUGGAGUCAGCUCUGCCUUGAAACAGAUGCUCUCUGCAGAUGGAAAAUGGGAUAGCAACUGCUACUUCACUGAAAGCUGCCUGGAAAUGCAGCAGGUGAUCCCAGCACUGAUCCUCAGGUGCACCGGGCACUCUGGUCCUUUCUCUCCCACCCUCUUCCUGAUAUCCAGCUUUAAUAUCCAGCCCUGAGCAGGGUUUGCUGUCACUGAUGGCUGUUUGUGCAAAUGAAUCAGCACAGCACAUCUGAUGUUUUGACUUCAGCCUUGUGUGACCCCUGUGUUCCUUAGCCAGGUCUUGCACAGCAACUUUGAAUAAUGUCCUCUCAAAACCUGUGGUCAAAAGUGUCCUGGGCUGGUUGUGCUGGUCCAGCCACCCUCAGUUAACAGCAGACAGAUCAGCCUUAGAGAAAGAACCCCAGCCACAUCUCACACAGGAGCUUAAUUCAGUCCAAAGCUGCUAGAACAAAGUAGAAAAGC